CUAAAUUUCUGGUCUGUUUUACCUUUUCGACGUCUUUUGCGAGUGAAAAUCGUAAUUCUCAAAUUUUUUCUACCUGGAUAAUGGAGGCUUGGAUUUUUCUAGGGACUGUCGGUAAAGUUUUCAACGCUUACAUCGCCAUAACUAACAAGUACAUACCAUUUUCCCUAGAGGGACACCGAGCGUGAUCGAAGGGUAACAGAUAUAAUAAAAAUGGGACGCAGUCGUACACCUUCGCCUGGAAGAAGAAGAGAUCGAUCUCGCGAUCGGGAUCGGGAUCGAGAUCGGGAGCGAGAACGUGACAGAGAUCGAAGAAGAAGACGUUCGCGUGAAAGAAGAAGAAGAUCAGUCGAACGAGAUCGUGUAAAAUCCAGGGAGAGAGAGAGGGAUCGCGAUCGUGAACGAGAAAGGCAUAGACGUUCGUAUAGUAGAUCAAGAUCGAGAGACAGAGACAGACCUAAACCAAAAUUAAAGCCUACAACAGCAGAACGUCCUGUGAUUACAGAAGCCGAUCUUCAAGGGAAAACGCCUGAGGAGCAAGAAAUGAUGAGGAUAAUGGGUUUCUGUGGUUUUGAUACUACUAAAGGGAAGAAAGUCGAAGGGAACGAUGUGGGAGCUGUACAUGUGAUCUUAAAACGAAAAUACCGACAGUAUAUGAACAGAAAGGGAGGCUUCAACAGACCAUUGGACUUUGUUGCAUAAAAUUAUAAAUGCUAAACGUUUAUUAGUCGCGUAAAACUAUGACGACAAGAAAAAGUAUACAAGUAAAUAUGAACGAUGUAACGGUGAAGUUAAGAAAACAAAUAUCACCGAAUUUUAUGUGUAAAAAUUGUCGAC